GGUUUUGAAUCGUUGCUUCCUCAUUAAACCAUUUUUACUUUCCCUUUUUCUGAUCUAUACGUAUUCAAAAUGCCAGCAGAAGAGUGCUACUAGAGGGAAGCAUCAUAAAGAGAGAGAGAAAGAGAAAGCGGGAUUCCAAAAUCCCAAAUCUUAAAUCUCUCCUUGUUUUCUCUCUGAACCCUGAGAUCUCAUAGCAAAAGAAAUCUGAGAAAAUGGUGCAGAAGGCGUUGAUUUAUGCAUUUGUAUCUCGCGGGGAAGUUAUUUUAGCAGAGUACACCGAUUUCUCUGGGAAUUUCAAUUCCAUAGCUUUCCAAUGCCUUCAAAAGCUUCCUUCUUCCAACAACAAGUUCACUUACAACUGUGAUGGCCACACCUUCAAUUACCUUGUUGACAAUGGCUACACAUAUUGUGUUGUUGCCGACGAGUCUGCUGGAAGGCAAGUGCCUGUUGCCUUUUUAGAGCGUAUUAAGGAUGAUUUUUUGUCAAAAUAUGGCAGUGGAAAGGCUGCCACAGCUCCUGCCAACAGCCUGAACAAGGAGUUUGGGCCGAAGCUAAAAGAACAUAUGCAGUACUGCGUUGAGCAUCCUGAAGAAAUAAGCAAGCUUGCUAAGGUUAAAGCUCAGGUUUCAGAAGUCAAAGGUGUUAUGAUGGAGAAUAUUGAAAAGGUGUUAGAUAGAGGGGAAAAGAUAGAGCUGCUAGUGGAUAAGACUGAGAAUCUUCAUCACCAGGCUCAGGACUUUCGGAACACCGGAACCAAAAUACGGAGGAAAAUGUGGUUACAGAACAUGAAGAUCAAGCUGAUUGUUCUAGGAAUAUUAAUAGCCUUGAUCCUGGUCAUUGUCCUUUCUGUUUGCCAUGGCUUCCACUGUGGAAAAUGAGUGCCUUCUUGAAUAGGGUUAUUAGUUUUUUCAGCAGAGCUUUUAUGAUAAUACCGCGACAAAAAUAUAAAAAUUAUAUAUUGUAAGGACUUCGUCGUCAGAAAAGGAUACAGCAAUCACCAGAUGUUUGGUUCUAG